GAAACUUAUUAGGAAUUUAAAUAAGUGUCAAAAGUUGUGGAAAUUGACCAAUCAGAUCGCUUUGGAACGUAACAUGGUCGCGAUUACGAUGAACAAUAUUGUUCUAAACAUUACUUAUAAAGAAACUCUUCGUUUCAAAGUAAAUUUAAAGUGUUUUACGUUGUGAUUUAUAGUGUUUAAAAGGGGAAUGAAAAAAAUCAAUGAUUGUUCCUUAAAAGAUAAAAAUUAGUAACCUCUUGUAAAAAGGUUCACUAAAAAAACUUAGUUUAUUAAACAACAAUAUGGAUAACGUUUAUAGCAACAAUUUCGACUUAAAUAGCUUUGGUGAAAUCAGAAAUAUACAUCAAAAUGAUAAACAAUAUCAAGAUGAAGUCCAAAUGUCUAGGGAACAUACAUUUACAAGAUGUAAUAGUGUGGGUUCCAUAAACACUCCAAGUACAUCUAAUCAUAACACCGAUGAGGAGGAUGAAAUUGAAAGUAAAAUGUCUCCUUUAAGUUACAAAGAAAGAAGGCGAGAGGCUCACACUCAAGCCGAACAAAAACGAAGGGAUGCAAUUAAAAAGGGCUAUGAUACUCUCCAAGAUUUAGUUCCAACCUGUCAACAAACAGAUUUAUCUGGUUAUAAAUUAAGUAAAGCGACUGUGCUUCAAAAAUCGAUUGAUUACAUUCAAUAUUUACAACAACAAAAACGUAAACAAGAAGAAGAAAGAAAUUCACUUCGUAAAGAAGUGAUGGCUUUAAGGAUAAUGCAACAAAAUUAUGAGCAAAUCGUAAAAGCACAACAAUCACAACCAAAUCAAGCUGAUGUUAGAGUUUCGGAUGAAAUUAAAUUUUCAGUUUUUCAGGCUGUAAUGGAUCAAUUAUUCGUAACAUUUAAUUGUAUUCCUUCAGCAAAUUUCCAAGAAUUAUCCGCGGGUGUUUUUAGUUGGGUCGAAGAAUACUGCAAACCUCAAACGCUUAAAGAUACAGUGCUGAGAGUGAUUCGGAGUCAUAAUCGUCAAGUACCAAGACAACCACCACAAUUAUAGCGAAAUACAAGUUUAUAUAUUAAAGAUUAACAGUUAUUUUAGAUAAAUAAGGGUUAAAAAAUAUAUAUUUUUUAUUGAA